AUGUCCAUCAGGCAGCUCCCGGACCAUGUCGUCGACAAGAUCAGGUCUUCCAUCGUCAUCACAUCCCUGAACGGUGUCGUAGCUGGUCUCCUCAAGAACUCUCUUGAUGCCGGCGCCACCAAAGUGAAUAUUACUGUGGACUUUACUAGGGGUAACUGCACGGUAGAGGACAAUGGGUCAGGGAUACCUCCUUCUGAGUUUGAGAGCAGCGGAGGGCUAGCAAAGCCGCAUCACACCUCCAGGUUUCCGCCAGAUGAACAUGUCUAUGGAAAGCAUGGUGAUUUCCUUGCUUCAUUGGCCACGGUUUCCUUGCUCCUUGUGUCGUCCUGCCAUCGACAUCAUGUGUCUCAAAACUCGCGGAUGAUUCACAACUCUAAGCCAAUCACGAGGCACACUCCGGCUCCUCCCGAGCACAGAAUUCAAACUUUCGAUCAUGGCACCCGCGUAUUGGUUCGCGAUCUAUUUGGCUCGAUGCCAGUGAGGGUAAAGCAUCGAGCUAUCCUGUUCUCUGAGCGUCAGAAUGUGGAUAAGCACUGGUGGCAGCUUGUCCACGAUAUCGUCGCCAUCCUUAUUUCAUACCCCGCUGGUAUUUCUCUGUCUCUGAAAGACCUCACAGUACAGAGAGAGCUACGGUUGAGAUCUACAGAUGCGCCCGACAUCGUCAUUAGAGCGUCUAGGAUUAUUUCCCAAGCAUUUCUUUCUGAUUCUAGAGAUGGCGGUUGGAUUUCCAUCUCAGGCUCUGCUGGGUCCGUGACGCUCAACGGUUGCAUUUCCACUCGACCUGCCGCAACACGUCGUUGUCAGUUUAUCAGCCUUGGUAUCGAACCUGUGGACAACACAGAGGAUGCAAACAUUAUGUAUGAGGAAGUCAACAAGGUCUUCAAAAACUCUGAUUUUGGUGUUGCGAUGAUAGAGAACCUAGAUCCAAGGGACCCUGCAUCUGCUGUUACCCAGUCGAAUAGCAGAAAAGGCAUAGAACGUUGGCCAAUGUUCUUCUUCCAGCUUCGGAGCCGGUCGCCUGGCGAGUUGCCGGAUGUUGAUACUCUAUUUGACAACGAACAUCGAGAUCUUAAAUCCAUCCUUGACCUUGUCAAGGCGGUUAGCUACGGCUUUUUAAAAAAGCAUAAUUAUCGCCCGGGAAAGAUUAAGAUGGCAGGCAAAGACUCGGCGAAUUCAACCAGGAAAAUUUUAGGUGCGUCGAAACUGAGUAUACGGGGGCGGAAGCAAUCAACAGCUGGGGGGAGCGUACGCUCGGCUUCUCAAGGAGCUGCACCCAAUAUUGGCCGUAGUAGCCCAUUUGAUGGCUGGCACCGCAUCAAGGUUGGCCACGCAGCGAAAGGUGGCGGGAAGGAGUACCAGGCAGACACGCCUGACCCUAAAAUCUCCAGCAACAAUCAAGUAACACCACUGAUAUCCUCAGAGGGCCGAUUACUGCGCAAACCUUUUGAAGAACCAGAGACGGCCCCUGGGAGCGGGGACGCCGUGGAGAGCAACUACUUUAAGGAUGUACCUGUAGGCGGCCUUUCACCUUAUUCCUCGCUCCAAUCUGAACUUGAAACGUCCAGGGACACUUCUUCCGAGAACAGCAAGGACGAAUCGUGGUUGAAAGGUGUGUUGGAGUCGUGGGAAAACCCGGUGUUUGAAAGCGCCCCGACAUUCAUUCCACGAGCAUAUAAUGAUAGCCCAAUUGAAGUCCGAGAAGACGGUGUCCUUUCAAAACACUUUUCUAGGGCUGGUCGAGCAGACGAGAUCAUGCUCGAGUCAUCAUCCAUAAGCCUCGCGGGGCGAGUUUCAAAGCUGGCCCUUCAGGAAGCUGAGAUUAUCUCACAAGUUGAUGGGAAGUUUAUUCUCGUCAAGCUACCUCUUGAAAACGCCAGUGGCGAAAGCCGCAAGCUGGGCUCCUCGGCCCUGGUCAUGCUGGACCAGCACGCGGUGGAUGAGCGGUGUCAGUUGGAAAACCUAAUGGCUGAUUUCUUUGUCCUUUCCAGUCGCGCUUGCGAUGUUCUCGAGGCAAAAACUGAGACGUUGGACACUCCGUUACUUUUUGAGAUCUCAAAGGAGGAAGGCCAGAUGCUGGCACAGAAUGUUGCCUAUUUCUCGGCGUGGGGCAUCAACAUAGACAUGGAGCCAGAUGCCGGCGCAAGGACAGUUGAUGGUGGUCAGGUCCGGGAAGAUUUAGCCUUUAUGGCUGUUACUUCGCUCCCGCCCAGCAUAAUAGCUCGUUGCCGUUCAGAGCCUCGCCUCAUCAUUGAUUUGUUACGAAAGGAGAGCUGGGAUCGGGUUGAGCGUAGCCAGUCCGCCCUUCCAACGUUCUCUCGAUCCAGCACGGGGAGUAAUCUUAUCAGCAACUUUCACGGUUGCCCCAGAGGUAUUCUCGAGCUCCUCCACUCCAGGUCGUGUCGCAGCGCCAUCAUGUUUAAUGAUGUGCUGUCCCAAGGAGAGUGUACAGCACUUGUCAAGAGGCUUUCUCGGUGCGCAUUUCCAUUCCAGUGCGCGCAUGGGCGGCCAAGCAUGGCACCCUUAAUAGAUCUCGGUAUCGAUAGCAAGGUCGGUGGGUGGUACAGCGACAAACGGAUGAUGAAGAUGUCAACCUGGGCGGAGUAUCAAGAGAAUUGA